CCCCCCUCUCAGUAAAACCUCCGCCACCUCUCUAAUCUUCCCAACCCAUGCACCAAAUAUUUUGGUUAUACGAGUUAACGACUCCCAUUUUUGCGCGUUUUAGCAUAUCACCCUCCAAAUCAGAGCAAUUAGUUUGUUAAUCAAUUGGUCCUGUAUUUACAAAGUUUAAGGUACUGAGGUACAAAUAUCUGUGGGCUUUUCUAGCAGGGAAUGUUAAACUACGAUAUCUUGAUCCUUGAUUGGUAGCCGGUUGGCCGGAUCCUGGGUUAUUGGUUCUGGUAUCAGAAGUAUUUCCUCUUCCAUGGCUGCUUCCAGUGAAAGGUGGAUUGACCGUCUUCAGUUUUCCUCGUUGUUCUGGCCUCCCCCACGAGACGGUCAACAAAAAAAGGAUCAAAUUGCUGCCUAUGUUGAGUUCUUUGGUCAGUUCACGUCAGAACAAUUCCCUGAUGACAUUGCUGAGUUAAUCCGGAACCGGUAUCCUUCGAGGGAGAUGCUGCUAUUUGAUGACGUUCUGGCAACUUUCGUCCUUCAUCAUCCUGAGCAUGGUCAUGCGGUUGUGCUUCCGAUUAUUUCAUGUGUUAUUGAUGGGACUCUAGCCUAUGAUAAGACUAGCCCUCCAUUUGCUUCUUUCAUUUCCUUAGUCUCCCCAACAAGUGAGAAUGAAUAUUCAGAGCAAUGGGCUCUGGCAUGUGGUGAAAUUUUGAGAAUUUUAACUCAUUAUAAUCGUCCCAUAUUCAAAACGGAGAGACAGUGCAGCGAAACAGAAAGAAGCAUGAGCGGUAGCCAUGCAACAACAAGUAAUUCUGUUGAUGGGAAACUUGACCGUAGUUGUUUGACACAACUGGAGAGGAAACCUAUAAGGCCCUUGUCUCCUUGGAUAACUGAUAUUUUGCUGGCUGCACCUCUGGGCAUCAGAAGUGACUAUUUCCGGUGGUGCAGUGGAGUUAUGGGUAAAUAUGCUGCGGGAGAACUCAAGCCCCCUAUAACUGCUUCUUCCGGUGGUUCUGGAAAGCAUCCUCAGCUCAUGCCUUCAACUCCUAGGUGGGCCGUUGCCAAUGGUGCUGGUGUUAUAUUAAGUGUUUGUGAUGAUGAAGUUGCUCGCUAUGAAACUGCUACUUUAACAGCAGUCGCCGUCCCUGCACUUUUGCUUCCUCCUCCCACGACAGCUUUGGAUGAGCACCUAGUUGCAGGAUUACCAGCUCUUGAACCAUAUGCACGAUUAUUUCAUAGAUAUUAUGCCGUUGCUACUCCAAGUGCCACACAAAGACUUCUUCUUGGACUUCUAGAAGCCCCACCAUCAUGGGCUCCAGAUGCACUUGAUGCCGCGGUGCAGCUUGUGGAACUCCUUCGAGCUGCUGAAGAUUAUGCAUCUGGAAUAAGGCUUCCUAGAAAUUGGAUGCAUUUGCAUUUCUUGCGUGCUAUAGGGACUGCUAUGUCUAUGAGAGCUGGCAUAGCUGCUGAUACUGCAGCUGCUUUGCUUUUCCGCAUUCUUUCACAGCCAGCAUUACUAUUUCCUCCGCUGAGGCAGGUUGAUGGGUUUGAAGUUCAGCAUGAACCGUUGGGAGGGUAUACAUCAUCCUACAGAAAGCAGAUAGAAGUUCCUGCUGCUGAAGCCACCAUUGAGGCUACUGCCCAAGGCAUUGCAUCAAUGCUAUGUGCCCAUGGUCCUGAGGUUGAAUGGAGAAUCUGUACCAUAUGGGAAGCUGCUUAUGGCUUGAUUCCUUUAAGCUCCUCAGCUGUUGAUCUUCCAGAAAUUAUAGUUGCAACCCCAUUGCAACCUCCAUUACUAUCAUGGAAUUUGUACAUACCCCUAGUUAAGGUUCUGGAAUAUCUCCCUCGUGGAAGUCCAUCUGAAGCAUGUCUCAUGAAAAUAUUUGUUGCUACAGUGGAAGCUAUUCUUCAGAGGACAUUUCCAUCAGAGUCUAUUAGAAAGCAGAACAGAACUAGGUACCUCUCUAGCUUGGGGUCUUCCUCCAAAAACCUUGCUGUGGCUGAACUUCGUACUAUGGUUCAUUCACUCUUUUUGGAAUCAUGCGCAUCUGUAGAGCUUGCUUCACGCCUCCUUUUUGUAGUCUUGACCGUCUGCCUCAGUCACGAAGCUCAAUUCAACGGAAGCAAGAAACCAAGAGGUGAAGAUAGUUAUUUGGCUGAAGAAAUGGUUGAAGACGUAGAGGCAAUGUCUGAAAACCAGAGAGAAGAAAAACAUAAGAAAUUGAAAAAACAGGGGCCUGUGGCAGCAUUUGAUUCUUAUGUUCUGGCUGCAGUUUGUGCACUUGCUUGCGAGCUUCAGUUAUUUCCUCUGAUUUCACGAGGUAGUGGUCGUUCAAUCUCCAACAAUGUAGGAGAUACAAUUAACCCUGUUAAGAUAAAUGGAUCUCCACAUGAGUUACAGAAUGGCAUAGAUUCAGCAAUACGCCACACUCACAGAAUUUUAGCAAUUUUGGAGGCACUGUUUUCAUUGAAGCCAUCUUCUGUUGGCACGUCCUGGAGUUACAGCUCAAAUGAGAUCGUUGCAGCUGCUAUGGUUGCUGCCCAUGUUUCCGAACUAUUUAGACAGUCAAAAGCUUGCAUGCAUGCCCUAUCAGUUUUGAGGCGUUGCAAAUGGGACAAUGAAAUUCACUCCAGAGCAUCAUCUUUGUACAGCCUUAUAGACAUUCACAGCAAAGCUGUUGCAUCUAUCGUUAACAAGGCAGAGCCAUUGGAAGCAAAUUUAAUCCUUACACCUAGUUGGAAAGAUUCCCUUGUUUGUUUUCAAACUGAAAAAAGUGGCUACUGUACUACUGAGCAGACAUCUGUCUCGCCUUCUGAGGUUUCAGCUAUUACUAAACCUGAUUGUGAAUCUGAGAAAACUUCAUAUUCAAAUGAAGCAUCUGGUCAUGCCUUGGGCAACAGCAUCGCAAGUUUUCCAUUGGAUGCUUCUGAUCUAGCCAACUUCCUCACAAGGGACAGGCAUAUAGGGUUUAAUUGCAGUGCCCAAAUUUUACUAAGAUCAAUGCUGGCAGAGAAACAAGAACUGUGUUUCUCUGUAGUUUCACUGCUAUGGCACAAGUUGAUUGCAUCUCCUGAGACUCAACCGUGUGCAGAGAGCACUUCUGCCCAACAAGGAUGGAGACAGGUUGUUGAUGCAUUAUGUAACGUUGUUUCAGCAUCGCCAUCAAAAGCUGCUACAGCCGUUGUUCUCCAGGCGGACAGAGAGUUGCAGCCUUGGAUUGCAAAAGAUGAUGACCUCGGUCAGAAGAUGUGGAGAAUCAACCAGAGGAUUGUAAAAUUGAUAGUGGAACUCAUGAGGAACCAUGACAGGGUAGAAUCAUUGGUGAUUGUGGCGAGUGCAUCAGAUUUACUUCUACGAGCCACAGAUGGCAUGCUUGUUGAUGGUGAAGCCUGCACUUUACCACAGCUGGAGCUAUUGGAAGCAGCAGCUAGAGCAGUUCAGCCGGUGCUGGAGUUGGGAGAAUCAGGAUGUGCGGUGGCUGAUGGCCUUUCAAACAUGUUAAAGUGUCGCCUACCGGCUACUAUCCGUUGCCUUUCUCAUCCAAGUGCACAUGUCCGUGCUCUAAGCACAUCGGUUCUCCGUGACAUUCUGCAUGCUGGUUCAAUCAGACCGACUCCUAAACCACCUCGUAUUAAUGGUAUCCACAAACGCCACUAUGACUACUACAACUCGGAUGUUAUUGAUUGGCAGGCUGAUCUAGAAAAAUGCUUGACGUGGGAAGCCCGCAGACGACUGUCAAAUGGAAUGUCUAUUAAUUUUCUUGACACUGCUGCAAAAGAACUAGGCUGUACUAUUUCCCUAUGA